GGAAGCGUGCUGGGCCCAUAACCCAGAGGUCGAUGGAUCGAAACCAUCCUCUGCUAUGAUUUUAUUUAUUUUAUGGAUGUAGGAAAACUUAGGGUUAAAUUUUAUGAGCAGAAGAUUAAACACAGUGCCUUUUUAAGAUAUUAUUUUUACGGCCUAGCUUGGUUGUUCCCAGAAAAGGCGUGAGUGCUAAUGUUGCUAGCUGCUAGUUUAGUGCCGAUAUUAUCAUUUUACAAUUUACUCUAUACUGGUUUUUAGGUUGUCUAAGCGCAGCAGGUGAUGUUGAUUCCCCAGACUGGGCCCUAACAAGAAGUAACAAGAGGCCGCAAACAGAAGCAUCACGGCAGCAGGUGGGCAGAGCCAGGCCAGGUAAGCUUCCCUACGCUGCCAUUGAAGAGGAAGUAAACAGUCUGGAAGAUGAUCUCUGAUGAAAACUCACCGAUCCCCGAAAAUUAAUAAUUUAAAAAAAAUAAAUUCUCUGAAGCUAAUUUUUAAUAACUAAAUAUUUGUACAUUUUCCACGUUAAAAACCAUUUAUUUGUCCUCAAAGUGACGUCACAUACUUGUGGAUUGUGGGUAUUGCAGUGCGUGAACGUCGUCGGGAUUAUAAGGCGGCUGUAUUGGUGAAACUCUCAGCUGUUUCCUGCGUGUUUGUUCCACGCGAGAAAUGGGGGGCAGAGAAUGUUGCGUGAUUAGCUGUGGGAGCAGCUCCCACGACCACCAGGGCAGGAUGUUCCUGAACGGCCUGAGCUUCCACUGCUUCCCUGCGUGGAGAACGAAGGAAGGCGACUUUAUAUCGGAGCUAACGAGGCGGCGGAGAGACGCGUGGGUGACCGCCGUGGGCCGCAGAGAAAUCACCUUCGACCGCAUCCCGUCCUCCAUGAGAGUCUGCUCCAGACACUUUCUGUCUGGAAAACCAGCGUAUGAGAUGCUGGACUCGGAUCCAGACUGGGUGCCGUCUCUACACCUGGGUCAUGAUGGUGAUGAUGAAUAUGAAGAAAAGUCCUGGAAUAAAAGAAGAAGGUUGUCUUAUGAUGAGAAACCAGUAGAAGGAGCAGAUGGUGCUGCUGAAGCCAGGAAGCCUCCUCCACCUGCGUGGAAAGAUGUGAAAUCUGCCCUGCAGUCUCUUCUGGAGGGUAAAACCAUCAUCAGUCAGCAGCAGGGAGACGAUCAGCAGAACCAAGGCGCUGAGACGAGGACCGACUCCAGCUUCCGGGACUUCUUCAGGAACGCUCUGGAGUCGUCUCUGGAGGCCUCCAUCCAGGCCAGAGCUCGCUCUAAGAGUCGGCCGCCGUCCACAGAGUACGAAGUGGAGCUGAACGUCAAGCUUCCAUCUUCUCCAGGAGAACCGUCCGCUCUGGAAGAGCCAUCCUCUUCAUCGUCGUGUGCGAACUGCUCCACGAUGCUGCAGAGGAUUCGAGAGCUGGAGCAGAAGCUGUUUGAAGUCGCCAACAAACAUGAGAUCAAAGUGCUGAACAGACCCAAGCAAACGAUCACAGAGGAGACCAGACCCUCUGGGGAAGAGGCACAACAGCCUGUUCCAUCCUGCCCUGCACCAGCCCUCAGCAGCUUCCUUCAAUACAGAAAAAAGAAAAAUGAGGAGCAGUUAAAGCAAAAGGAAAAAACGAAAGUUCGGAUAAAUAUUGGCUUGAUGGCCAUUCACAAGGAUUGUCUAAAGCCACAGCGUGGAAGAACCAUUUCGCUUGCAACACACCCAGAUGUCUCUGCCACACCUCUGCUCAGUCUUGCUGUUAAACAAAUGAAGGACUUCAACAAAGAUGUAAACGAUAGACCUUUCCUCCUUCUGUACCCAGAUGGGACAGAGGUAAUUAAUAUCCCUGGGACACAAACACCGUUUACUCUUGCAGCUUAUAAGGCUGAAGUUGGCAAGUCAUAUCAAAGGAUCUCUCUUUUCCUCUGCUUGACAAAGGACUUUGAAGAAGUACAAGUACUUGGAAUCAGAAGCAUCACUACAGCAGGUGGGCAGAGCCAGGCCAGUGCGUGAACGUCGUCGGGAUUAUAAGGCGGCUGUAUUGGUGAAACUCUCAGCUGUUUCCUGCGUGUUUGUUC